ACCCGAGGUACUACUUUCGCAAGUUCGCCCUCCACCCAUAAUCCUUAGAGAAGACUCGAGAAAGGAUCUUACUCGUGACGAGCUUACCGGUCACAAGUGAUCAGCCGGAUCGAACUACGCAAAGCUGAGGUGCGAGAUUCCGAUGCGGUUCAAUCACUUGGCUUGCAUUAUCACUGGCAAAGGCCGCGGAACAAUCUUUUAAAGAGAGGUAGGCGGCGUCCUCUAUUUGGUUUUCUCUCAACUUUGCGUGCGCUGGUGGUGGUAACACCUUGGACCAACACAGUGCAAACAAUCACCAAGGCUUGGUUUUUGUGGAAGAAUGUGCGCUCGUGGCGGUGAAAAUUCUUCAUGUGAGCGAUAUUUCAAUGCCACUCUUCUCCCUUCUAUUGGAGUCGCGAGGCCUGCAUGACUUUCCGGCACGUAUAAAUAUGUGGCCUCCAACACACUGGAGCUUGUGCUCCAGGCAUUUUCCUUCUCUCUGUCCCUCCAUCACCACGUCUGGAUAUGUUUGCUGAUUUUUCUUGCUCCACUGACAAAGAUCACACCUUUGGAAGUUCGUUCUUCUGUUUUUCCAGAGGCAUGAAAGAAGCCGAUGAGUCUGCUCUCGAAAAUGGCAAUGCCAAGCAUAUGGACGACGCGAUCCCGGCAGUCUUGCUCCGGACAAGCAGCAGAGAUGACGACGAUGAUCAAUGGAAAAGAACUGGAACUGUGUGGACUGCCUCGGCUCAUGUGAUCACAGCAGUGAUCGGCUCUGGAGUUUUGUCACUGGCGUGGAGCAUGGCUCAGCUUGGCUGGGCAGUCGGACCCCCCGUCCUGCUCGCAUUCGCAUUUGUCACGUAUUACACCUCCAUCCUCCUCGCGGAUUGCUAUCGCAGCCCCGAUCCAGUCACAGGGAAGCGGAAUCACACGUACCAAGAUGCGGUGGCAGUCACUCUAGGGGGUGCAAAGGUUUGGAUUUGCGGCAUUGUCCAGUACACCAACUUGGUUGGAACAGCAAUCGGCUACACAAUCACUGCGUCGAUUAGCAUGGUGGCGAUAAGUCGAUCAGAUUGCUUCCAUCGCCAAGGACACGAUGGUCCGUGCUUCGCCUCGGAUUACCCGUACAUGGUGGUGUUUGGAGCGGUGCAGAUUUUGCUGUCACAAAUCCCGGAUUUUGAUCGAAUAUGGUGGCUGUCCAUUGCCGCAGCUAUCAUGUCCUUCGCCUACUCCUUCAUUGGGCUUGGCCUCGGGAUGGCGCGAACUUUCGAGCCGGGGCACUCAUACGGAACAGCCACCGGAGUCCGCAUUGGAAUGGGAGGACUUUCGCAAACGCGAAAGAUCUGGCAAGUCUUCCAGUCGCUGGGAAAUGUCGCGUUUGCGUACUCUUUUUCCAUGAUCCUCAUCGAAAUACAGGAUACAUUAAAAUCUCCACCAGCUGAGAACAAGACCAUGAAGAAGGCGACGCUGGUGGGAGUCGUCACCACCACCGCGUUUUACAUGUCGGUGGGGUGCUUUGGCUACGCGGCCUUUGGAAACAAUGCUCCUGGAAAUCUUCUCACGGGCUUUGGCUUCUACGAGCCCUUCUGGCUCAUCGAUUUCGCAAACGCUUGCAUCGUCAUCCACCUUGUAGGAGCGUACCAAGUCUAUUGCCAGCCAGUGUUCGCCUAUGUCGAAGGCCAUGCGCGAUCACGGUGGCCAAAGAACAAGUUUGUCAGCCACUACUUUAGGAUCCCGAUCCCUCUCCUGGGCUGUUACAAAUUCACGCUGCUCACGCUUGUCUGGAGGAGCGCUUUUGUGGUGGUCACCACCAUCGUGUCGAUGCUGCUCCCCUUCUUCAACGACGUCCUGGGCCUCCUUGGCGCGAUCUCGUUUUGGCCGCUCACCGUCUACUUCCCAAUCGAGAUGUAUAUUAAGCAGAGAAGCAUCGUGAGGUGGUCGCCAAAGUGGAUCGGUCUUAAGGCCCUUGAUUUGGGCUGCUUGCUCGUGUCCAUGGCCGCGACGCUGGGAUCCAUGGAAGGCAUUGCGCUAUCCCUCAAAGAAUACUCCCCCUUCAAGUCAUAGAACGGAUUGAAUUUUAAAAUGUACUUCAAAGUAGUGAUCGAUACUCCAUAUUCAUUAAUAUUAACUACAAGGUUGACUAGUCACUUUUAAA